GACCGAGCCUGAGUCAGGAUGGAGAGUUUAAGGAAUUCUGUGAAGAACAUGGUAUCGGUGAAGAUCAGGGAGUACGUGAAGGACUACUGCAAGAGGAACGGCCUGCUCACGCUCUCUGUGUUCGCCGUGCUCAUGGGCUGCGUGCUGGGAUUCAUCCUCCGCUCGCUCAACCUGUCCACACAGGCCAAGAUCUACUUCUCCUUCCCUGGGGAGCUGCUCAUGAGGAUGCUGAAGAUGCUGAUUCUUCCUCUCAUCACCUCCAGUCUUAUGUCCGGCCUCUCAGCCAUGGACACGAAGGCCAGUGGUCGUCUGGGAGUCCUGACCAUCACCUACUACCUGUGGACGACCUUCAUCGCCGUCAUCGUCGGCAUAGUCCUGGUGCUCAUCAUUCACCCGGGGACAGGAUCAGAGAAAGAGGGUCAUCAUGUUAGUUCAGGCCCUGUGAUGACCUCUGCUGACGCCCUGCUGGACCUCAUCAGGAACAUGAUUCCAUCAAAUCUGAUAGAAGCAACGUUUCAACAGUACCGAACAGAUCUGGUGCCCAUCGUGCAGAACUCCAACAUAAAGGAGUCGCAGGUGAACUAUGUGUAUGUGAUGCCCGACUACCACAACCCUCACCUGGGCCACCCAGUCUUCCUGGAGAUCACGCCCGCGCCCGACAUCAAGUACAAGAUUGUCCCCAGCACCAGCAAAGGCAUGAACGUCCUGGGGAUCGUCAUCUUCUCGGCCACGAUGGGUCUGCUGCUGGGAAAGAUGGGAGAACGUGGAGCUCCACUGGUCAACGUGUGCCAGUGCAUCAACGAGUGCGUCAUGAAGAUCAUCAACGCGGCUAUGUGGUACUUCCCCUUCGGCAUCGUGUUCCUGGUGGCGGGGAAGAUCCUGGACAUGCACGACCCGGCCCACCUGGGGGAGAAGCUGGGCAUGUACUUCAUCACCGUGUUGUCCGGCCUGUUCGUGCACGGCCUGGUCCUGCUGCCGCUCUUCUACUUCUUCUUCACGCACAAAAACCCCUUCCCCUUCAUCAGAGGGCUGCUGCAGGCCCUGGUCAUUGCACUGGCCACGUCCUCCAGCUCCGCCACUCUGCCAAUCACCAUGAAGUGUCUUCUGGAGAACUGCGGAGUCGACCGGCAGAUCGCCCGCUUCGUGCUGCCGGUGGGCGCCACCAUCAACAUGGAUGGGACCGCCCUGUACGAGGCAGUGGCGGCCAUCUUCAUCGCUCAGGUCAAUGAGUACGACUUGGACUUUGGCCAGCUGGUCACCAUCAGCAUAACAGCAACGGCAGCCAGCAUCGGGGCGGCUGGGAUUCCGCAGGCAGGCCUGGUUACCAUGGUGAUCGUCCUGACCUCUGUGGGGUUGCCGCCGGCUGACAUCUCGCUAAUUGUGGCCAUCGACUGGGUUCUCGACCGCUUCCGGACCAUGAUCAACGUUCUCGGCGACGCCCUGGCAGCCGGGAUCAUGGCUCACAUAUGCAAGAAGGACUUCGAGAAAGCAGCUGCUGCCGCGGCGGCGGUGGCCACGGCGGCGGCGAACAACGGGAGCGGCCGGAGGGACACUGUCAUCUCCUUUGGUAACCAAAGCGUGGCGCUGUCCGACGCCCCUCUCAUCGCACACCGCUGCGAUUACGUAUUUGAGGUGGACGGGGACAAUGUGCUGGAGCGACCUAUACCUCCGGCCUGCUACAACCUCUGCCAAGUCUGAGGCGCGUACAGGACGGCCAGCGAGGGACACUGCCUUCUACAGCUCAGCUCACCACCAAAGGGACUGUGAUCUGAGGACCCAAAAAUCCACGCGUGCUUGAAAUCCAGCCAUGUUUGCAUCAAAGUGAGCCUGAGUAUGUCGCGGCACCAGGGUUUGGCAGCUUGCAUGGAUUUUGCCUGUGCCAUGUCAAACAGAGACCUUUAAUACUUGAUGAAUCCUGUAAGUCUCCAAUCAGCUGUUACUUGAACAGAAGUGAGCAAAAGCUUGAGUUUCACGCGUUACCUAAACCACUUCAUUUUCUAAAAGAAUAUGUAACCGUGAUCAGGUGUUAGAACGACAAACAUUAGAUGGAGUUUAGUGUUAACCGGUCAAUGCAAAUAAACAAUAACCACAGUCCUGGAGUUUGAUCACAGAUUUAGGAUCAGUGAGGGGUUUAAGUUGCCUUAACAUGACCAUAAUGCUGAGACCUUGACUUGAAGACUUGAAAGUAAAUGUAAUAUGAUAAAGAAGAAAUUUUAUUUAGUUGGUAAGCCAUGUUUGUAGACAGGUUCUUAUAAAGGAACUGUUAAAAUUGUACAAUAUUCUUAGAAGUUAGAAAUUCAAGUGUUUUUAUACGUGUACUUUGUGUCCAUUUUUUUUAAUAAAAACAUUUGAAAGAG